AUGGUCAAGGGAAAGAUUUCAACCGGAGGCACGAAGAAAUUCCUGGCGAGAAAAGAUAAGGAGGCCGCAGUUGAAGUAGCACUUGUGCAGGAGCCGCCUUUCCCUCGACUGUCCUCAACACCUGCGCAUAAGCCCAUAGUGGUCCAAGGUAGUUCGUCACGAGUAUAUGAUAACAUCAAGAGACCUUUUCGAAAGGAUUUUUCUCCACUGCCGCGCCCGCUGUCAAAGCUGUUACCUAUGCUCCUCGAAAAGAGGAUGGUCGCGAAGGAAGUACCAAGGGACAAUCCCCCGAGGUUCGCCGGGUUUGAUAUGAACAAGACUUGCGAAUACCACAUGGGAGAGAGGGGGCAUGAUGUAGAUGAUUGCAACGUGUUGAGAUAUAAAAUUCAACAGCUUCUAGACAAGAAGAUCUUGACUUUCAAGGAGGCCCAACCUAAUGUGCAACAGAACCCUCUACCAAAUCAUGCAGGGGGAGUGAACUCAAUUUCCAAGGAGACGUGGGCAAGUCAAACGCCUCUAGUGGUGGAUGCUUCCAGGUUGUACAACUCCUUAGUGCUGGCGGGAUAUUACGAAGGUCAGGAUGAUGUCACUCCAGAAGAGAAGUUGAACCGUGUUCGCAAGAUGGUAGCCAUGGGGGUAAUCCAACACGGAGAAGAGGAGGAGGGGGUCAUGUCCAUGAUAAUGCCAUCAUCAUUCUGCUCUUCUUUCUGUAAGUUUGCUUGUAUAUCUCAGGCAAAGAAGGUUAUGCUUGGAAUUUCGAAAACCCCAGCUUUGUAUGAGGAAGGGGUGAUAGCUAUGAUAACUCCAAUAAUGAUUGAACUACCUGAUGAGGAGCCCGCUGAUGAUAUUAAGAUGGAAAUCACUGAACCCAUGGUGAUCGACCUUAUGGUCAAGGAGAUGUCGGCAAUUGAAGUCACGGGAGGGAACGCAACACCAGUCACGAUAGAAUUGCCACCUUGGGAGAAAGAUGGAGUGAUAGUGUUGGAGAAUCCUCCCAAAUUCGAUCCCAAAGUUGUACCUUGGGACUACAGAACAAUUGAGGUGGACACUGUCAUGCGAUCAAGCCACUGUUACGCCCCUGAUAAAGGAGUAGAAAAGAAGGCCGUGAUUGAGGAGGAGGCAAAGCAAUUCUUGGCUGUAGUAAAGUCUAGUGAGUUCAAUGUGGUGGAUCAACUGCGGAAGCUGCCGGCUCAAAUCUCCCUCUUAGAAUUAUUCAAAUCUUCUGAGAAACAUUGGGAUAUUUUGCUUAAAGUCCUUAAGGAGGUGCAUGUGCCAGAAUCAAUUGAUGAAGUCCAAUUGGAAGAGUUUGUUGGGACCGUUCUACUGAAAGACCAAAUCUCCUUUACUGAUGAAGAUCUCCCCCCUGAGGGCCCUAAUCAUACCAAAGCGUUACACAUUUCGGUGAAGCAUGAGAGCACUCUUGUUUGCAAAGUGUUGAUCGAUAAUGGUUUGGCACUCAAUAUAUGCCCGUUGGCUACGCUCCACCGUCUUGGCGUUGAUCUUGGAAGAAUUCAUACUGGCAAGUCAACUGUGCGGGCUUUUGACGGGAUGAAGAAGGAGGUGAUAGGGGAAAUUGAACUUAAGCUACUGAUUGGCCUUGUACUUUUCCAAAUCCCGUUCCAAGUGCUAGAUAUACCAAGCACUUUUAAUUUUCUACUAGGGACGCCAUGGAUCCACAUGGCAAGUGCUAUUGCCUCUAGCCUUCAUCAGAAAGUACGAUUUGUGGUGGACAACAGGCUUGUCACAGUCCAUGGAGAGUCUGACUUCAAGAUCUAUCACGUGACAGCCAUCCCUUAUGUGGAGCCCGAAUGUACUGAGGAAUCCAGCUUUCAAAUAUUAGAGCUGAUGUCCAUGAUUCAUGUGCCUACGGCUCUUUCACAAGGACUCUCGAAUUGUCUAGGCUAG